ACUCGUUCCCUCUGUUUCCCUUGAUCCUGGGCUCUCGCGGAUAAAUCUCGUUUCCUCUCGCGAGAUUUGGAUCUUUCCAACAUGGCGGCGGCGAUGGAUGUGGACACCCCAAGCGGCACCAACAGCGGCGCCAGCAAGAAGCGCUUCGAGGUGAAAAAGUGGAACGCGGUGGCUUUGUGGGCCUGGGACAUCGUCGUGGAUAACUGCGCCAUAUGCAGGAACCACAUCAUGGACCUGUGUAUAGAGUGUCAGGCCAAUCAGGCUUCUGCUACAUCAGAGGAGUGCACAGUGGCCUGGGGAGUGUGUAACCAUGCGUUUCACUUCCACUGCAUUUCCCGCUGGCUAAAGACGAGGCAGGUGUGUCCUCUGGACAACAGGGAGUGGGAGUUCCAGAAGUACGGACACUGAAUCUGCAAGAACCACAGAAAAAAAAAUUUUUUUUCCUUUUUUUUUAUGUUGGUAAAACUGUUCUGAUGAAUAUUAGUAUUUGAAAGGAAGCCUUGGGUCUCCUUAUAGAGCAGUAAGUGUGUUUAUGUACACGAUGCUGUUACUGUAAAAUGCAAGAAAGAAAGUCAUGUUUUUUUCCAGACAUUGAUAAAUAAUACAAAAAUAAAUAUUGUCUGUACUUUAAAAACAAUGUUUUUAGUGUUUAUUUUUUUGCCCCUACAGUAUUGUUUCCAUGGCGAAUGAGACUGAAUUAACAAACCGUGUUUUCCCCUACAGAGGGUUUAAUUACAAACUAGAAAAAAAAAAGGGUAGUUUAUGUGAUAAAUAUAAUCUGUAGUCAGGGUUAAGACAGUAAGAAGAAUAAAUCACACUCUGUUAAAGGAAAAAUAAUUAUCUUCACGGUGACACCUCAGCAUUUUACAGUAACGGCAACAACAUUCUUGUUUCAUUCCCUAAACAAACUGUAGGUUUUUUUUUUUGGUUUUUUUG